UAGCGCCACUCGCCAGCGACUCGCUUCAUUGCAGCACGCAGACACACGCAGAGUUGCCGCACUACUUCCACCUCCCCUCCUCUUCGCUUCAAUCCGGCCGCGGCUGGCGCUACGCUCGUCGCUCGUUUUGAAAUGCAACUUUUCUGUAGUUGUGUCCGAGACCGCGUCCGUUGCAUGCGUUUCGUGAUCGCUCAGUAAUUCUCUUUGUGUUAUACAUCCAGUUCAAUGUGAAAACAAACACUUUAUAAUUUUUUUUUAUCUGGGAGGUGAAAGGGCGAGGUCGACGAUUUGUGUUUAUACAAUAAUCGAGCGUUUUGCGCAGACUCCGAUGUAAACGAGGCGCUAUAAUCAAAAAUUUGCAGAUUACCUACUUAGUACUUACUUCAGUCAACGUUGCUUUAUUUCGGAACGGUGUGUUUAUUGAGUUUGUAAUAGUAAGAAGUAGAAUACCAGUGAUCGUAUUAUAAUAAAUACUGCAAAUAGACGUCCUCUUACUGCAUAGCGCCGACUCGUGAGUCGUGAGUGGUGGAUGGUGAGUCACUGCGGAGCGAUGUAAGUUAGUGAGAAAUGAUGGAUGUGCUAAACGAACCGAGUAAGUGGCAUCGUGGAGGAUUCCUCUCGUCUCUGAACAGGAGUUUUCGUCUAUCGGGAAGAUCGAAGAACACGAACAAUUGUCAUAUUUUACAACCGAAGCAAACAGACAAAACUUCGGAAAUGACUUCAUCGGGUCUCAACUCUUCAAAUGAAGCAUCAACUGCGCUCAGGCCACUGGAAAUAGUCGCACCUAGAAUAGACACCUACCGAUUUUCAAUGGCCAACCUGGAAGAAACACAAGAUGCGGACCUGGAUGCAAUUCUAGGAGAGCUCUGUGCUCUCGAUUCAGAAUAUGAUGAGGAAAUAUCAAGGGUUUCAGCUGAAUAUGGUACUGUUUCUAAAGAAAGAGAAGGAGAAAGGUCACAAAGAACAGAUAACAAGGAAUGCAGCGAUGGCUCCUCAAGUAUUGCACGAACUGACUCUCCGGAUAAUGAUUCCGCAUUCAGUGACACUGUGUCUAUGCUUUCAAGCGAGUCGUCGGCGUCGAGUAGUGCCAGCUCGAAAUGUAAAACACUAAAACUAAAUCUACAACCGAAUCAGAAGGUAUUAAAUAUUAAACAAAUAAAUUCACAGGAGGGCGUUUUUCAACAGAAAGCGGACAAGAUAAAACUAGCAUUAGAGCGUAUGAGAGAAGCCAAUGUAAAAAAAUUAUUCAUCAAAGCUUUCUCGACGGAUGGUUCGUCUAAAAGCCUUCUGGUGGACGAGAAAAUGACAUGUGGCUAUGUAGCGAGAUUGCUUGCCGAUAAAAAUCACGUGACCAUGGAACCAAAGUGGGCAAUCGUGGAACAUCUGCCUGAUUUGCAUAUGGAGCGAGUAUACGAAGAUCACGAGAUGUUGGUAGACAAUUUAAUGCUUUGGACUCGGGAAUCUAAGAACAAAAUUCUGUUUGCCGAGAGGUCGGACAAAGUAUCUCUGUUUCAAACACCAGAAAAGUUUUUGCUCACAGAAGAUGACAGAGGUUGGACAGCCGAGCAUGAUGAACAUUCCAGACAGGUGAUCAUCGAAGACUUCUUCGGUCAAAGUGGUGCCUCCACAGCGGUCCCAUCAAUAUCCGGUCAUCCGGUCCCACAGAUGGAAGGACCACUGUACCUGAAAAGUGAUGCCAAGAAGGGAUGGAAAAAAUACUACUUUGUUCUACGACCCUCUGGAUUGUAUUACGUACCAAAAGAUAAAGUGAAGACGUUGAAGGAACUGGUGUGUUUGGCAACAUUUGAUACCAACGAAGUGUACAUGGGUGUAAACUGGAAGAAGAAAUACAAGUCUCCAACAGACUACUGCUUCGCUAUCAAACAUCCGAGACUGCAGCAGCCGAAGAGUGUUAAGUUUAUCAAAUUCUUGUGUGCUGAUGAUCAAAAAACACUGGAGAGAUGGGUCACAGCUAUGCGGAUUGCCAAGCAUGGACGACAGCUAUUGGACAACUACAGGUCCCUAGUUGAAGAAUUAACUCAAGAAGACUUAGACCAUUUGGCCCAUGCGCGAUCAUGUUCCAUAACAUCAAUACCAACCAAGACUAACGGCAAUGCACCAGUCAAUGUCAACAACGCAGCACAGCCGGUGUCCAGCAAUGCAAGUGUUGCCAACUCCGACGUUAGCAGUGGACGACAUUCCCGUGCGUCAUCGUCCAGUUCGAGUGGCUGCAUGUCAGAUGGAGGCACCACAUCCGAGAGCGCGUUCGACUGUGAAUUCCCUAUGGGUACAAUCAAACGUAAGCCAUCGAUGAAGCCGAACAUACCACUGACAUGGAUGACUCGUCAGCUAAAGGAAAUGGUUGAGAAGGAGGGGGAUGAGCCCGGAGAUAGCGGGACCCUCACCAGACAAUCCAGGCAGAGAGAUGAUUCUACGUUGAAGAGACACCAUAGCACUACCAAAGAACCAGCGGAGACGCCAGUGUACAGCAUCGGCAGCGUGUCGUCGGGCAGCCCCGCUAGGGACGGCCACUACGAGACCAUAGCGCGGGACCCCUACAGGAGCAGUAUCGACACCGCCUCCUCGCUGUACGGGUACACCGUCUACGACGCGCGGGCGCCGGAGCUCCCCGACGACCUCCCCCUCCCGCCCCCGCCCCCACCCGUCGACGUCCCCGACCCCAUGUUCAGCUCCACGCUGAGCCUCGACUCCCUCCCGCCGCCCCCGCCCGUCGAGCCCAUCGAGGACCUCGCCGGCUCCCAGCUGAGCCUCCCCCCGCCGCCCCCAGAGCACGCCGUCGAAAAUCACGUCCGAGUCCAGGACAUCGUGAGCCAGCUCACCGCCCAGCAGAUCGAGCAGACCGCCCGGGCCGGCCAGAGGAGCGGCGGCCGGGCGGCCUUCCCCCGCCAGCUCUCCGUGGACAGCGUCGCCUCCGCCGCCUCCCGGACCUCGUCCCUCCCAGCCGACGGGAGCAUGCUCGCCCCCCCGCCGGCGUACGGCGCCUGCCUCGUCGAGAUGCAAACCAAGAAGAUCACCGGAAGCCCGAGCCUGCCAAGGGCUGACUCCGGCACUAAGGAGAGGUCCGGCUCGGUGAAGAAGGUGACUUUCCCCGACGACCUCCCGACGGGCUCCGACAAGCGCCCCAGGAGGAUCACGUUCGACCUGACAGAGGCGCCGCCCUCCCCGCGGAAGCCGCCGCCGCCGAAGCGCAACGAAAGCACGCGGCUGUCCUCGCCCAAGAAGCUGGCGGACUCCACCAGCAACCCGCCGAAGGAGUUCCUGAAAGAUCUGCAGCGGGUCAUGAGGAAGAAGUGGCAGGUCGCGCAGAAGUGCAAGUCGGAGCCGGCGACGACUCCGCACGAGGUGCUCGGCUUCCGGGAGUACCCGCUGUCGGACGACUACAAGGAGACGAGCGUGUCGAUGUGGGUGCAGGAGCAUUACGGGGCGGGGAACGGCGUGGAGGAUCCGUUCUACGAGAACGUGUACAGUGGCUCGGCGCCGGCACCGCGGCGGGAGGAGCCCAAACCGAUCAAGAAGCGGCCGCCGCCCGCGCCUCCGCGCCGCAGCGACUCCACCCACCUCACCGCUCACCCCGGUCUGCCCUCCGCCUCGAGCCUCCCCCAUCCCCCCCCGGUGCAGCCGACCGCUUGAAACUGUCUCAGCACCUUGCUCGCGAUGCUCGGCCUGGACGCCUGCUCGUGUGUCAAAGGUGGUUUCGAUAAAGUGUAAACGUUCAGUGUGAUGUGCGCAUGGGACGGAGUGUCGAGGAAGCAUUCAGUGGCAUUAUAUCGUCCGUUUUAGCUGCCUGGUGAGAUGCUCUCUGAACGCUCGUGGAAGCGCUCACCUAUUAGGAACGAUUAAGGAUAGAUGUGUAAUGUCGCAGUAUGUAGUGGCAUGCGGUAUACUGAAACGGGCCGAGGGAGCCCUAAAUCCCUGCAUCCUCUGAAUAUGUGGUCUAUUGAGAUUGAUAUUUACUUUGUGGGCCAUCAUGUUUUAUGUUCAGGUGGAACUCAGUUCUACAUGGUGAUUUUGAAUUAGCUAUGGAAGUAAGUGAGCUCUCUGAAACAAACGGCAGGGACUGUUGUUGCCUGAGAAUCGUUUCUAGGAGUUCCUACUUCCAUUUGUAUAAUUUAUCUGAAUAAUAUAAAGUUUGGAAUGUAGGUUGGCGGUGCUAUUU